AUGUCGUCUCGUCGAUGGAUGAGAAGCUCUCUGGAAAUUCCAGGAAAGCUUGGCCGGCCAUUCGUCUGCUCCCAAUGCGCGACAGCUCUUGGACGCAACUUGAGUCGAUCUGCUGAUGUCUCUUCACGUUGCCUGUCUUCGUACGGCCCCAAUGGCAACGUGCAAUAUGGCAGUGUGUCUAGGCGGUCGUUUUCCGCGACAAGCAAUGCACGAUCCUCUACUGAAAGCUCUCUUAUGGAUGAUCGCAUGAGACAGCUCAUCGAACAAGACAUGAAGAGAACGGAUGACAUAAGAACCUACCUCCGAAAAUGGAUAGAAAAACAACCCAAAACCCUUGAUCCCAUCAUGGAAUUCAACGGAACUGGAAUAGCUCCAUCUACACAAAAAGUCGGUGGCAUGUUUCUUGACAACUCUGUCCUUAGUGAUAGCCUGCCCGAGCUGCAAGGACAAUCCGAUUUAGAGGGCGAUCCAUUACCGUUUCUACGUCCAGGCGAUCUAGUUCAACUACGGCAUCAAAAUGGGACUUCUCCAGGCCAGCUAGCUGUAUACCUACGUACAAUAAACGAACAGCAACAAUUCUACACUACAAGGGGGAAAUGGCGAGUUGCUCGACCUUCGGAAGUGAACUACAUUACAAAGCAUCGCUUUCCACCUGAAUUACUAGAACCGAUAUUCCCAUACCUUCCAACUUCGGUGGUAGCGAAGGGAAAUAUGCCUCAACUAGCUAUGGAAGGCGGUGUUCCCCGCCAUAUCAGUGCCACUUUGCUCAAUUCAAUUCUUGAGUUUGAAGCGUCGGCUUCGAAAAUGUUUGCAGAAAAUGCUACUCUUUUCAAUUCCGUACAUGACCACCUUGCGAAGGAUACGGAGCCAGUAACUCUGACUCUCGAGCAAAUAGCCUCUGAGCUCAUAGGACGAGAUCCAAAUACCCUCUCAAAAGCUGAUAGAUAUGCAAUUCAUCAAGCAAUUGACCAGAAUCCAAUCUCGAUAAUUGCCAAUCAGAGUUUGUCUGUGGUUGAAUCAUACACUUUCCGUCCGAAAGUGCAGACUGAACUUAUCAACCGUGUGAUAAAGUGGAUGCGAGAGUACCAGUCACUAAGGAGUAGUGGCAUGGGUAAGAAAGAAAAGAAGUCUUCUAAUCGCAACCCCAUUGGGCUAUUUGUCAAAACUGCUCGACAGUGGAUUUAUCGGAGCCGUGCUUCUCGAAAACCAACUCAGGCGUUCAGCUUAAGCCCAAGAUUUGACUCCGCUGGCGAUCCAGAGCAUCUCGCGGAACAGCCGAAAGAGGACCCAAAGCCCUCUACCCCAUCGUUUUCAGAAACAGACAGAGAUAUAAUUGAAUUUCUGAGGCUUUGGAUUCUUCCGCCUCUGUUUGUGCGCGAUUCUUCUCUUCGAAGUACAGGAUCUUUUAUUCUUUUUCAUAUUGGAUUAUAUGACAACUUCAACCUUAACGAAGCCACUGGGUAUUUAGCCUUGCAGGAGCUCGGUAUCCUAACUCCUUGGGAGAAUAUCCAUGUCCUAAAUGAACAAGUCGCCCUUCCAGGCCACGGCCUUUCACCAGUAUCUGAUGCAAUAGUCGAGGAAUGUAAUCGAUUCUGCGAAUUAUCCAGUUGCACAGAUACUUUGGUUGACUCUAUGAAGGAUUUCCGCAAAGACUGGGGUGAUACACCAGUGUUCUGUGUUGACAGUGCGUCUGCUGCGGAAAUUGACGACGGAUUCUCACUCGAGCGAAUCCCAGGCUCAUUGGAUAAAUUUUGGAUUCACAUCCAUGUUGCUAAUCCAUCGGCGUUCAUUCCUCACGACCAUCUCCUUGCCAAGGGGGCAUCUCAUUUUAAGCGUUCUUUUUACACGCCUGAGCGGGUCUAUCCGAUGUUCCCACCAAGCCUCACCCGCGAGAAAUUCAGUCUUGGGCCUGGUAAGCCUACCAUAACAUUCAGCGCUGUUGUCGACCUGGAAGGAGAAAUUCUUGAUACCAAAAUUACCCAUGGCUAUAUUAACAACGUCGUAUACAUUACGCCAGACAGACUACGCAAAAUGUUUGGUAUUAAUAUCAAUGACAAUCCUUCAAUGUCCCUGGAAGUUGGAGGGACGCCCAAAGGACCAGAACGUCCCGAGCUACAAGAACACAUAUCUGAGGAACAUGAACCCCUUCUAGAAACUAUGGAGAGGUUACUCGCCGGGCGUCGAGAAAAACGUAUGAAGAAAGGCGCUAUAGAGUUCUUUUCAAACUACCCGUCGUCACCCCUUGUUUCUGGAGGCGAAGAAGGUAUACGUUCAUACACAGGGGAUAUUUCGGGGCGUUAUGAUUAUAAUGAUGAUCCCACCAUAGGAGUUAGUGGACAUUUUUCACAGUCAGAUGGGUCCUUGGGUGCUACCAAAACAGAUUUUGUGGCUCAUGCUAUGCUUCUGGGUGGAGAAAUCGCUGCCCAGUGGUGCAAAGAGCGCAGUAUUUCAGUCAUUUUUUCCGCUGCUUCCUACAACAUGGAUAAAAUUACCACCGAUGACCAAGGGGAGUUUGUUCCAGGAUCAUCACCAUACAAUCAACUUCCCAGGGCCUUUUCUUCCUCAAAGCCCACACCUCAUAUCACACUUGGUAUGGAUCAAUAUAGCAAAUGCACUUCACCUCUCAGGCGUUACUCCGAUUUAAUCGUCCACUGGCAAGUUGAGGCGGCCAUACGUCAUGAAGCGAAGCAAAAUAUGAAAGACAAAAGCGAAGGACAUCCCGGUCAAAUAGACGAGGCCAUCCUUCCCUUCUCUCGUGAGGACAUUAAGGCAAUUAUAGUCCGCUCAAAUUGGCAAAACAAAGCCGCUGAUCGGGCUCAAGUGCUUUCACGAGAGUUUUGGGUUCUCCAAGCCUUAUUCCGUGCCCAUUAUUUUGGCGAGGCAAAUCUCCCAGAAGGCUUCCAGUGUGUCAUUGUCAGCCAACUUCCGGCAAGUUCUAACUCUGCAUCUGCGCCGGACUCCACUCGAUACACAGCAAAUCUACUGCCUUUCCGGGUUCGCUGCGUCGUGACCACUGACAAAAGCUGCACUGAAUUCAGGCCCGGCGACUUGGUAGAAGCAACAAUUUCUAAUGUCAACCUCUACACUGUACUACUCGGACUCCAAGCCGUUCGCCUUGUCCACCGCCCUGAGAAAUCACGCGCCACUGUGCCCCUUGGGUUUCUCCAUUGA